UAUUUUUUAAAACUCGUCAUCGAUUUUGUGCUCCGCCAUUUUUGCAAUCGCCGAGCGUGCGUUGUACUGUUGCAGUCAUUUGUUACCAUCACAGUUAACAAAUCGUACUUGACUUUACACAUCGUAGUUUGAUAAAACCAACAAUAUAAAAUAAAAAUGUCCAACGAGCAGUCAGAAAAUACAACCGAGACGGAAACCCAGCCCCAGCAGCAGGGAGAAAUGAAUGGAAAAUCCAAGUUGGAGUCCAAUAACAGCAGGAAAGAGAGACCCCAGAAGAGAGGUGGAGGUCGCUUCGAACCUUAUGCAAACAAGAGAUACAGAGUGUUUGUCAGUAACAUCCCUUAUGAUGUGAAAUGGCAAGCCCUGAAAGACCUGAUGAAAGAAAAAGGUAAGGUAUUUGGAUAAGGCUCCAAUUGGUGCCAGAUUUGGCCAUGCUAUUAAAAUCUAAUGAGGAUCAGAAUCCAAGGUCAUUUUAUUUGUCCACUUCACAUUUGAAGGACUUUUGGGAGUAGCACAUGUGAUGCUUGAGAUUUUGUGGAAGUUCUUCUUCGCAAAGGUUUUGGAGUGGUCUUAACCAUUCACUAGCUAUGGAGCUGCUGCAUACCCGUGCUGUGGACCUGGAUGUCAGACUUGAGUCCCCAUUGAGAUCAUCUCAACCUUUGAGGUUUUUGUGAAAUUGAGGUUGUAAAAGCAAGUGGGCUAUUGUGUAAAGCCCUUAGCUUGGGAUUUUGAAUGGGAUAAUGAGAAGCCUAUUCUCAAGAUGCCAAUGGGGAAAAUAGCUACAUGUCUUUGUAGUUGUACCUUUAUAAUAUUGCCUUCAAGCAUGGACCAGAAUGACAUCAGUUGGAAUUGGUGAAUAUCAGUAAACAUGGAGACGAUGACGUACAAUUUGGUGACAUUGUUGGAAACAUGAACAAUUAAGUAUUGUGUGAUGCAGCAACUGAAUUCUGGAAAUAAUGUCAGUUGUCACUUACAUGCAGAGUUGUUUAGUUGUAGGAAACUGAAAAAUAUCAACAUAUUGUUUAUUUCUAGCCAAAGAGAACAGUUCAAGUUAUGAUGGGAGCCAUUCUGUUUGAGAUGGAGGACACGGUAUUCGUUUUAUGUCAAAUGUUGAGUUAAAUUGCAUUUUCUUUUUUAGGUGUGACCUUGACGAGCAAAUGUUUUCUCAGCAAAUCUCCAGGUUGUGCCACACGCAGCUAUUUGCUGGGGCUUUCUUUUGGGUGCAGGUCUACAAAAUAAAGCAGCUUCUCUGGUGCUGUCCUCGUCUCUCAAGGGCUGGUCACUGAUGUCCAUUUGGGGAACAGACAAGUGACCUGCAUCAUUGAUGUGGCUGUGAUCAUCACUGACUCAAAAUUGGUCGCAAUUCUUUAUUUAAUUGUACUUAGCGUAUUAUGAUUUACUCAACUCUAUGAACAGAUUUACUGUUAGAGGAGCAUCCUUUCCCUGAGAUGUUGUCGACAUUAAGAUUUUUUUCUUCUGAUUUCGUUUUCCACUUGGACUCAGGUGAUGGGGGAGUGUUUUGAUUUGUUAGUUGGAUGUUUAAAAUGGCAAAUUUGAUCUGAAAUGGGCUGAUUUUCUCUACAUAUAGAAGUUAUGAUGAAUUAUCUUCAUGUACUAGGUAGUAUUUGCAGUAUUAUGUUUCAAUAGGAAAGUUGUUUUGCUUUUCUUCUGUCAAUUGCUUUUGGUGUUCUGAGAGAGUUCAAACGAGGACAGACCAAGAAGUCCUAAGAUACUUUUCCAAGCUUAUUUUUGUGGACCUGUACCGUAUUGUGCUGCUGAGGUGCAGAGGGAAGGCUGAAGACUAGCAGUCUGAGCUCAGUCAACGGCCGACUUCCUUGUUUCUGCUCUAAACCCCCAUUGUUCUCUCGGCUUCUCUCCCCUUGGUGUGUGUCAUCUCUGGAAUCUGAUUUGUAGUGGGUGAGGUAACAUACGUGGAACACUUAAUGGACGCAGAAGGCAAAUCGAGGGUAAGUGCAUAUACAUACAAAUAAAAUAUAUGAUCAAGCUUAGACAAACACGUGUUUGUCAGCUUUGGUUUCCUUAUGUACAUUGUUGAGAAUUGUUCAAUACAGAAAUCUGGUUGAGUUUUUGAUGGCGAAAUGAUGCCGGAGGUGUGCUUUAUUUGGUGUCGUCUGUGGCACUGAUUGGAGGCCAUCCUGAAGGGUCAAUGCUACUAAUAGAGGACUUCAGUUUUUGUAGUCACUUCGCUGUGGAUUGUUUUAGAGGACAAUGUUCCUUUUGGUUGCUGAAUCUGCUCCUUAUGUUAUGGGCUUUAGUUGCCAUAAGGUUGUUAUAAAGCUGUUAGAUGGUUUGUUAAAUGCAACCAAUUCAUAAGUCAGUUUCAGUGGAAAAUAAUAGCUCUCUAAUAACUUAGUUGUGUGGAAAACCAUCAACCUGGGUGUUUGAAAACAGCUCUUGAUUUUUACAGCACUUGGCUUUGUCACUGACUGGGUGGAAAAGUACCUUUUAUGUUCGUACUUGUUGCCAAGACAAUAGGCUUGUGUGUGUGUUGAACUUUUCUUGUGCAUGAAUAUUUUCUUGUGCAAUAAAUAUAUUAGACCAACUAAUUAACAUUACCUUUGCUAAUUUUAUUUUAUUUUUCCAUUGUUUGUUGCCUGCUCUGAUGACUUCAAUCAAACAGGGUUGUGCUCUUGUUGAGUUUAGGACUGAAGAGCUGAUGAAAAAAGCUGUGGAAAAGGUCAACAAGCAUUCCCUCAAUGGGCGGCCCCUCAAAGUGAAAGAGGACCCUGAUGGCAUCAUUGCCCAGAGAGAAAUGAGCAAGUCUCUUGGUGGAGGUCCCCUAGGAGGCCAUGCUGGAGUGGGAGGAAUGGGUGGCAUGGGUGGAAUGGAUCGGAUGAGUGGAAUGGAUCGCAUUGGUGGCAUGGGCGGAAUGGAUCGCAUUGGUGGCAUGGGCGGAAUGGAUCGCAUUGGUGGCAUGGGCGGAAUGGAUCGCAUUGGUGGCAUGGGCGGAAUGGAUCGGAUGGGUGGCAUGGCGGGAAUGGGUGGCAUGGGCGGAAUGGGAGGAAUGGAUCGGAUGGGUGGAAUGGAUCGGAUGGGCGGAAUGGAUCGGAUGGGCGGAAUGGAUCGCAUGGGCCCAGGACCAUCUGGCCCUAUGGUCAACAUCCCCCCCAGCUUGAUGAAUAACCCAAACAUCCCUAGUGAGGUCAUUCAGGGUCUCCAAAAUGGCAGAAUUGGAAGCACCAUCUUUGUGGCAAAUCUUGAUUACAAAGUGGGGUGGAAAAAACUGAAGGAGGUAUUCGGCAUGGCGGGUGUGGUUGUAAGGACGGACAUUCUGGAAGACAAGGAGGGGAAAAGCAGAGGCAUGGGCACAGUAACAUUUGAAAUGCCCAUUGAAGCAGUUCAAGCUGUCUCUAUGUUCAACGGGCAGGUCCUAUUCAACAGAACCAUGCAUGUCAAGCUGGAUGAGAAGUCCCUCCCCAAAGAGUUUGGACAACCAGAUAGAUCUGCUGCUCUUCCCCGAGGUCUAAGUGGUGUUGGUUUGGGACUUGGACCGGGUGGUCAGCCUAUUGACACACAAAUGCUCAAUAGGGGAAGUGGAGGGAUGGGAAACGUGGGCCCAGGAGGAAUGGAUGGAAUGGGAUUUAACAACAUGGGAGGUCGAAUGGGAGGCGGAGGAGGUGGAGGAGCUGGUAUGGAUAACUUUGGCGGAAUGAACAGCAUGGAUCGUUUUGGCUCUUCUGGGAUGGGACGGGUAAAUGAUAUGGACCGUGGGGUUGGUGGUGCUUUUGACAGAGACUUUGGGCGAAAUGAAAUGGGAAUGUCUCGCAAUAAUUUUGGAGAUUCGUUUGAUAGAGGAAUGGGAAAUACCCUUGGGAUGGAUCGAAUGAACACUGGAGGGGAUCGCCUAGGAGGCAACAUUGGAGGAAUGGACCGUAUGGGUGCGGACAGGAUUGAUCGUGGGUCUGACCUGGACAGGCUGGGAUCUGGGUUUGAUCGUGCUGGCUCUGGCAUGGACCGGCUUGGGCCCACCAUGGACAGGCUUGGACCAGGUGUAGACCGCAUGGGUUCUAACAUGGAUCGCCUUGGUCCUGGUGGGUUUGAUCGUCUGGGCCCAUCUAAUUUGGAUCGUAUAAGUACCAGCAUGGACUUUGGCUCCCAGAUGAGCAUGGAUCGCAUGGGCAACACUGGACUUGACAGAAUGGGGAGCAGCUUUGAUCGCAUGGCGUCUUCUGGAGGACUUGACCGCUUUCCUUCUGGUGGCCUUGACCGCAUGGGCUCUGCCAUGGACCGGAUCGGAUCUGGAGGUGUUGGUGGGCAGUUUGAUCGCUCCGGUGAUUUAGAUCGUGGAUUUGGUGGGAAUUCCUUUGGAGGAGCUGGAGGACCUGGAAUCGGGGGAGGCAACAUCAGAAAGGGAUGUCAAAUCUUUGUUAGAAAUUUGCCAUUUGACUUCACCUGGAAGAUGCUGAAGGAUACCUUCAAUACAUGUGGUAUGGUCCAGUAUGCUGAUAUAAAGAUGGAAAAUGGCAAAUCCAAGGGUUGUGGUGUGGUACGUUUUGACAACCCUGAAACUGCUGAGCGAGCCUGCCGGACCAUGAACGGCUAUCGUCUGAAUGGGAGAGAGAUUGAUGUUAGGAUUGAUAGAAAUGCAUAAUUGUAUUUGUGUUGUAUUUGCCAGUUGAUUUGGUCUUAUCUAAACACUGCAUGAUCAAAACUGCAUUUCAGUGAAAUCUAUUCAGUAGAUGCUAUUUUAGUUAGAAAUUUGUAUCAGUGGAUGUUUUUAGUUAUUUCUUAGAUUGGUAUUUACAUUUUAGAGGCCAAACUUUUAAUUACAGUUCAGUUUUUUUCUGUUACUUUGUGUUUUGAGAUGGUUUGAUAAAUAAAUCUCAACAUAAAAAAUC